AUGGUGGCUGCUUUUCCAAUCGCAAAACUUGCGGCUUUGGCCAUCAAACAGAUCAGUAAACCUUUGGCAAAUGCCAUAAAGAAUAGGGCAAAAGCACAUCCUUUUGUUAGGAAAUAUGUCUGUAUACCACCUGCCCAAUUGUACCACUGGGCUGAUGUGAAUGUAAAAAUGCGAGUGAUGGGCCUUGGAAAAGCCAAAGAUGUCCAGAAAUUGAAUGAGCAGAUGGCCAUUGAUCUUGGCGCUGAGCUGCUUGGUGAAACCAUUAUCUUCUUCAUUGCUGCAACAACUUUGUAUGUGGAAUACCAGAGAUCUUCAAUGAAAGAUCAACUUAAGGAAGAAGAGAAAAAACAAAAAAUUCGGAUCCUUGAAAACCGGAUUCAAGAAUUGGACAUUGUAACAGAGCAGCAAGAAGCUCGCAUCAGAGAAUUAAACCGUCUCGUUCAAGAAGUUCGAUCUAUAAGAUAUCAACUCGAUAAAUCAGAGACCGCUUCAUCCAAUUCUGGGUCUUGUUAUUAUUUGCCCUUUUUCCAUUACUGCCCAUUUAUUAUUUGCCCUGUUUCCAUUACUGCCCAGUUAUUAUUUGCCCUUUUUCCAUUGCUGCCCAGUUAUUAUUUGCCCUUUUUCCAUUACUGCCCAUUUAUUAUUUGCCCUGUUUCCAUUACUGCCCAGUUAUUAUUUGCCCUGUUUCCAUUACUGCCCAUUUAUUAUUUGCCCUGUUUCUAUUGCUGCCCAGUUAUUAUUUGCCCUUUUUCCAUUACUGCCCAUUUAUUAUUUGCCCUUUUUUCAUUACUGCCCAUUUAUUAUUUGCCCUUUUUCCAUUACUGCCCACUUAUUAUUUGCCCUGUUUCCAUUGCUGCCCAGUUAUUAUUUGCCCUUUUUCCAUUACUGCCAAUUUAUUAUUUGCCCUGUUUCCAUUACUGCCCAUUUAUUAUUUGCCCUGUUUCCAUUACUGCCCAUUUAUUAUUUGCCCUGUUUCCAUUGCUGCCCCGUUAUUAUUUGCUCUUUUUCCAUUACUGCCCAUUUAUUAUUUGCCCUGUUUCCAUUACUGCCCAGUUAUUAUUUGCCCUUUUUCCAUUGCUGCCCAGUUAUUAUUUGCCCUGUUUCCAUUACUGCCCAGUUAUUAUUUGCCCUUUUUCCAUUACUGCCCAGUUAUUAUUUGCCCUUUUUCCAUUACUGCCCAGUUAUUAUUUGCCCUUUUUCCAUUACUGCCCAGUUAUUAUUUGCCCUGUUUCCAUUACUGCCCAGUUAUUAUUUGCCCUUUUUUCCAUUGCUGCCCAGUUAUUAUUUGCACUUUUUCCAUUACUGCCCAGUUAUUAUUUGCCCUUUUUCCAUUACUGCCCAGUUAUUAUUUGCCCUUUUUCCAUUACUGCCCAGUUAUUAUUUGCCCUGUUUCCAUUACUGCCCAGUUAUUAUUUGCCCUUUUUUCCAUUACUGCCAAGUUAUUAUUUGCCUUUUUUCCAUUACUGCCCAGUUAUUAUUUGCCCUUUUUCCAUUACUGCCCAGUUAUUAUUUGCCCUUUUUCCAUUACUGCCCAGUUAUUAUUUGCCCUGUUUCCAUUACUGCCCAGUUAUUAUUUGCCCUUUUUCCAUUGCUGCCCAGUUAUUAUUUGCACUUUUUUCCAUUACUGCCAAGUUAUUAUUUGCCUUUUUUCCAUUACUGCCCAUUUAUUAUUUGCCCUUUUUCCAUUACUGCCCAGUUAUUAUUUGCCCUUUUUUCAUUGCUGCCCAGUUAUUAUUCCAUCAAGUGUAA